AUGACUCUUCACUCGGUACCGGCAAACGACGGCCGACCAAUGGGCUACUGGCCAAAGUUGGGCGAGAUUAUGCAACAUCUCGACAUCUCCACCCCAUGUGGUUGUGUCGCCUGGUCGGCUCGGUUGUCGCUGCCGCCUGUACCACUUGAACCGGCGUGUAUUGUUGCCGAUUGUCGUGUCAGAGUGGCAGUGAAGAGGGAACUUUUGGUGACUUCAUGUCUGCAAAAAAAGUCAUGCUUCCAGCAGUCACCGGCACGGCAACAGACGAGUCUGUUUAUGCUUCCACCGUGA